CACCCGUCUACGACUUACCCGGCAAAGCGUCGCUCUCUACAGUGUCUAGACUAUUCAAGAACAAGGAGCUCUUCUGAUCUUCACCGCCCGCUAAACGCCGCCUCCUCUGCAUUUUCAUCUCGAAAUCAUCACUCAUAUUCUCUGUUUAAGAAAUCGUCGUUUAAGAAUGACAGAGACGUCCGGCUUGAAUGCUCCUAGUUUCAUGUAUCUUAAUGGUGACGAUUCAGACUCAACUGUUGACAUCAACAUCAAGACUCUCGAUGGACAAACAUAUUCCUUCCAUGUGAAUGAAGAUAUGUUUGUUGCAGAUUUGAAGCAGUUGAUUUGGAAUAAAACUGGUGUUCCUUUAAGACAGCAGCGGCUGCUCUAUGGAGGAAGGGUUCUCAGGGAUGAUGAAUUUCUAUUUGACCUCAAUUUGGAGGAUGGAGUCGUUAUGCAUUUAGUUGAAAGGGAGCCGGUUGAGUCUCAGCCUGAACCCUCAGCUUCUGCCGCCUCUACUCCAAGUUCUAUGGGCAGUCAAGGUUUACAUUUAGGUGCUGAAGCAAUAAGUUCUCAUGCCAUCAUCGGGACAGAAGGAGACGACCCAGCAGGUGCUGAAGCAAUAAGUUCUCAUACCAUCAUCGGGACUGAAGGAGACGACCCAGCAGGUGGAAGCCAAAUACCGCUGGAUCAGGAUCUAUCCUACCUUCCGUUUGAGCCUAUGCAAGCUUCGGAACUUGAAAAUUUAAUCGAGCCUGAGCCAGCACGUUAUGAUGCUUUGACAACUAUCUUCGAUAACAUCGAUCGGUUGGAAGAUGUAUUCCAAAUGAGAUAUAACCCAUGGAGGGAUACUCAACGUGUGGGGCGUUGGACGGGCACAGUAGCAGAGUUUUGGCAUAGUGAAGAUUUUUCAACGGUACCUACCCCUGAAUUUUUUACUUUUGUUUUGGGCCGAACAAACCGACUUCUGACAAACGAUACAUCCUGGGCUCUCAGAAAUCUAGCUGAACGUUUGGAAAAUUCAACUGGCUCCUCCGACCCAGUUCUGCGAAUUCAGGCUCAGUUUGCAGCAAGGCAGUUAGGUGUAGCACUGCAACAUCUGGGUGCCAUGAUCCUAGAGCUUGGUCGAGCAGCCACGUGCUUACACAUGGGGGACAGUCCAGAGCAGGGAUUUGUAAUUUGUGGACCGGCUGUUUAUAUAACUCAAGAUGGGCCAAUUCCUAUGAUAUUUCAACAUUUUCAACCAGGUUAUCCAUUUGAGAUGGGUAACCAAAUGAGGGUAGAACAAUAUGAGCCUAUAGUUUCAACUUCUCAAGCUCAUGAUAUUAUGACAAGCACAGGAGGACAAACUCACGAGCAAACUUUGCCACCAGAGACACCAAUUGGACCUUACUCUAUCCCAACAAUUGGAGCUCAGUCUACUACAAGAAUUGGCCAAAUUCAGAGCUUAUGUAAUGUUAUGCAAUAUAGCUCUGGCACUACUGAAGGCCUUCAUAAUGCAAUUAUGAUCGGCGACACACAACCAGAGAUGGUAAAUUCUAACUUCACGUCAGAGCUACGAAGUCAGAUGCCUGAGUUAGGUGACCAAGAUGAUCCACUUUUAGACGAAAUAGGUAGUUGGUUGCGUAUCUCCUCAGAAGAAGGUUCUAACAGCACCAAAGAAAGUGAAUCAGAAGAAAAAUAGACCCGUGAUGUUGUUGCUUCUGAGGUUGAGCAACAGGAAUUCAUGAAGGUUCUGAGACGUGAUGACCGGAGCCAGUUUUAAGGCUAAGGGAUAAGCCGUAAAUUUCUUCUUUUAAUUUUAGUUGUUUUUCUGUGAAUGAAAUAAAAGAUAUCUGACAAUUUGUUCUGCCGAUAAUUCAAAAGCUUCCAUUCUCUUUGCUUGUUUCGGUUUUCCAAACAUUUCUGAUAGGCGAAAUAAUGUCUCAUUUCUCAUCAUCUGAUGUCAUUUUUUAUACUCGA